UCUGUAUCUCGGUUCAAUCCGGUCGGAUUUCAUUGAUUUUGGUGUCAUUCGAUGCAGCUCGAUGAGUUCUAUGAUUCUAUUGAAAGACUGGCCAUUUUGUACAAUGUCUGAUAAUGUUAGGGGUCAAAAAUCCUGUUCGGGAUCAAGAGUACGAAUUCGGGUUCGGGAUUUGACUUUUUCAAAAUCUGAGCUCGGAUUCGUAAUCAGCAUAUUUUUUUAUCCUAGAAAAAUCCAAUUUCUUAUUUUUAAACUUUUUUUUCGCAGGGACCCCAAUUCUCCGGGAUUGCCCUUUUUUUUGGAUCGAUUAAAUUUUCGUUAUUUUUGAUUUCUUAUUAAAGAAAUUUUUUUGUUUUUGUGUUUUUUUUGGUUAUUUAAAUACGAUUCUAUCGUUUUUUAUUUUAAUUUUUAAAAUUAAAAAUCCAUUUCUUCGAUAGAUUUGAAAGGUUUAAUCUAUUUUAUAAUGGAAAAACGAAUGGAAGAAUGUUCCGAGGAAAUAAUGACUGAACGCAAUGUUUGCGGUGUUCUGUGUACUGACAUUAACGGGGCGUUGUUUGUUGCUAAAGGGACUUUGGCAUCGCCUGACUGUGCUGGUGUAAUUUCUCAGCUGGCGAAUAGAGCUGCUUCACAAGAACCGAGUUUACGGGUAGGGGGGGGGGGGUUUGGAGUAAAGAGUAAUGACCGGAUCCGGAAGGAUUUUUCUGGGGUCCGGGUACCAAAUGGAAGUUUCUCGUGAUCUUUGGAUUAAAACCGGACCGAAUUAAUUCGGAAAAAUCCGUCCGGAUACGGUCCGGCUCUAGUUACCCACAUAAAAUUUGUAUUGUUUUGAUAAGAGGUUAAUUUCCAAUCGAAAGAAGACUCCCAAAAUAAUUGUUUUCGGGAACGAUUCUCUUACUAAAAGUUGUACUUUGUCGACAAUUAAAUAAUUCCUUAUUUUUAAUUUCAUUUUAGUCGCUAGCCGUUUUAUUGUCCGGUCCUUCAA